UUAUGCAACGGUUAAUGUUCAUACACAUACGCAUAUAAAUUUAUUAGAACGUUUGCGAGAUUGUAAAUCUAUUAAAUCACGAAUACCCAUACUUAAACACACGGAAUGCAAAUGCUUUCAUUCUUACUGUUUUAAAACAAAUAUUUUAUUGACCUUCGAUCCUUACGUGGUGAUUAGCAAACAAACUGAAAUGUCAUAAAAUUCCUAAGGAGAAACACAUUCUUACUGGAAGACUAUUUGCAUUGAUGCUUUAGUAUGAUGACAGUACGAAGGCUGUGACAAAUGGGCGUAUCCAUUCUGCUUUAAUUUCACACACUUCCAUGUAGUGCGCUAGCAUGUUAAAAUAAUUUGCAUCCGUAUUGUUUGAUGGAUUAAAAGUCUGAAUGCAUUGUUGGAUCAAUUCUGAGAGUUAAAAGUCCUUCGGAUAUCACUGGGCACCCGUAGAAUGACACACGCAGUUGUGAAAACAGUUCACAACCCAACUUCAAAAUUUUCAUUACACUGUCCCAAAUCACACAGCUACAUUUACAGUCUAUCGUGAACCCUUAAGGGGGCAUUGAUACGAAGCGUGGUGGGAAUCAGGCAUCUGUGAGUCAUGCGACAAACUGCUCAUGUGGGGAUUAUUUUAAGUGCAUGUAUGCACAUAUCACACCCAUAGCCUACUACUAGCCCAUUAGAAUGCUUAUUACGCCGUAGAAAAUAUUUUCGAGAAAACAUUAAAAAAAAAGAAAAGCACUCUUCGAUACUCUUAUUUUCGGUUUUAUUUAUAGAUCGCCAUUUCGUUCUUGUUAUUGUAAGCUGUAUGCAUUUUAAUGUGGCACCUAUUUCCGGGAAAAUGUUUCCGUAUAUUCUCCACAUAUCUUGGCAGUGCAUUUUAUUGAAAGAAACAGGUCUUAAAUACAUAAGCACGCAAAUAAAAGUUGAAAUGGCAUUCGUUUGUCCUCAAUAAAUAUACUUUACCAUAUGUGUGAACAUCGCUCUUUGAGAAAUAGUUACUAUUAGAUUGCUGGUACUAGUUUUUGAAAUACCAGCGACAAUAAAAUAAGGUGAAAUAUUUCCACAGAACAGCUCAUUAAAACCCCUACCACGAUCAAAGCCGAUUUCAUUAUGCGCUCGUGCAUUAUUCGUUACAAAAUAAUCCUAAGCACUUGGCACUACGGUGGCUCAGGCAGGACAAUCUUUUUGGGCGGGUCAAGCGUGUAAACACAUAAGCAUCGCUUUUUUGUCAUUACGGUAAACACGUGUGGAGCUUUUCACUGACGAAGAUAAUUUCCAGUAGUCCUACACAACCAUAGAUAUGUCCAGCUAGGUUUAGCUAUUUCUUCAAACGCAUUUAGAAUGAAUAUACUAGUCCAGAUAGUUUGUUCCAAGUCGACCAAGCUAAUCAGGUUAUUAGGAACUGUUGCUGGAUGUGAAUGUCUCUAAACACGUUUGGAUACAGAAAGAUUUAUUUUUACUGUUACGCGUGCCAACUACUGCAAACAAUCUUUAGCAUAAGGGGAAGUGGUGUGGAAUAAUCGCCUCUUUUGAUUCCAUAGAGCGUCACCUAUGCGAAUUUAGUCUGUUAGUAUUUCUUUAGGCACUGUCAUCGGACCUUUAGGGGUGUCGGCACAGACAUGGCAGGGGGAAGUGAAGACGAUAUACCCGGAUCUGGAGCUAUUUUCACAUUUGGAAAGAGCAGGUUUGCUGACAAUGUACCCAGCAAAUUCUGGUUCAAGAACGACAAAGCCCUGAAGAUAUGCUGCGGUGAUGACCAUACAGCAUUGAUUACAGGCAACGGAAAACUGUACAUGUUCGGGGUUAAUAACUGGGGCCAGUUGGGUCUGGGAACAAAGGCCGCAGUGAACAAGCCCACUUGUGUGAAAGCUCUGAAGACUGAAAAAGUCAAGCUUGCAGCUUGUGGGCGGAAUCACACACUCGUAUACACGUCUCGUGGGAACCUCUACGUUGCUGGGGGUAACAGCGAAGGUCAGCUAGGUCUCGGAGACUGCAAGGAAAGGGUCUCCUUUGAGCGUCUUCCGUUCUUCAGGGGACGAGAAGCUAUCAAAAUGUUGGCUGCAGGCUGCAACACCUCUGCUGCUCUCACCGGGGAAGGAAAGCUUUUUAUGUGGGGGGACAACAGGGAGGGCCAAAUUGGUCUGGGGAACGAAAGCCGGGCCCUGAAACCUCGAGACGUAGCUGUGGGGAGGCCGGUGACCUGGGUGUCCUGUGGCUGCUGCCAUUCGGCCUUCGUCACCGUCGACGGGCACCUGUACACGUUCGGGGAGUGCGGCGGCGGCAGGUUGGGCCUGCCUCCCAAGCAGUGGGACAGCCACAGAGUCCCCCAAGUGGUUCAGGGAAUCCCCGACAGGGUCACCCAGGUGGCCUGUGGUGGGGGUCACACCGUAGCGCUCACAGAGAGGGACAUCUACUCCUUUGGCAUGGGCCAGUUUGGACAACUGGGCCACGGGACGUUCGUCUUUCAGGCCAGUCUCCCCAGACUGGUGGACCACUUCCAGAAGGGGAAAGUCAGACAAGUGGUGUGUGGAGAAAACCACAGUGCUGUAAUCACCGACAGUGGUCUUCUCUACACGUUUGGAGAUGGCCGACAUGGGAAGCUUGGUCUGGGAGAGGAAACAUACACUAAUCAGUUUAAACCUACUCUGUGUCCACGCUUCUUAAAGUAUCAUGUACAGUCGGUUGCAUGUGGUGGGUACCACAUGCUGGUUCUGGCCAGACCUAGGUCCAGGUCCUCCAGACAAGUGUCGCUAGAAGAAGACGACAUCACGGAAGACAGCCUGGGGACAUCCUACAGUGAGGUCCAGGAGGGCAGUGUCACCUAUCCGACUGUCCCCAGGAGCAUGUCGGCUCGGGUCAGGCGCAGACGGAGGGAGCAAUCUCAAGAACAGUUUGGACUGAUGGUCCAAACUCAUCUCAAGUCCGGCUUCUUCAGGACCUCCUUACCCUUUUCCAGCCGUAUCAUCCAUCUUAGACCCCCCUCUACGGAACCAGCUACCAGGGGACUGCAGAAUGGCCUCUCCACCUUCAGACCAAUCCCUUCUAGAACUGAAAAAGUCACAAGCAAAGACCCAGAAGAUACAGAAGAUAAUGAAAUGAAAAUGAAAGAUCUAGGUGGCACCACUGAUAAGCUAAACUUAGAUGUUAAGGGUGUGAAACGGCAUGAUUUGGAAGAAGGGUCCAGACCCCCUGAGGGCAGACUGGUCCCUAUGGGGAGGGACGCUGGUUUAACUGUCCAGCAAGCCCUAUCCCCAGGGGUACGACAUGCCCCCCACCCUUUACAGCACAGGGCUGAGCUCAAACAGAGAUCCACACAGAGCCCUCUUUGCAAGGCUGCCAGCGACAGCCAGGAGGACAUUUUUACGGCAAGAAAACGGAAACAGUCCGAAAGGCCUGGAGCAAGUGCCUGUGAACUGGAUGAGAGAAAACAGCUCCCAGACUUGGGGGGCUCCAGCGAAACACUGCCUGAGUUGCGUAAACCAACAGAGGUGAAAAUUAAACAAAAGAAAGGGACGACAAACUGGACAGAGGCACAAGGUACAGUAAAAGGAUGGAAGGAAAAACUUAUUUCUGUAGAAAAUAAGGUGGUGGAGAGUAGACCUAGUGCAAAGGUGAAAAGCACGCCUGUUAAAGUUACAAGCGAAGGCACAAGGGUGCUGAGUCAUCCCGGAGAAGGUGUGCAAACACCGAAAAGGGUGCCGAGUCAUCCCGGAGAAGGUGUGCAAACACCGAAAAGGGUGCCGAGUCAUCCCGGAGAAGGUGUGCAAACACCGAAAAGGGUGCUGAGUCAUCCCGGAGAAGGUGUGCAAACACCGAAAAGGGUGCUGAGUCAUCCCGGAGAAGGUGUGCAAACACCGAAAAGGGUGCUGCCAUCAGGCGUUAAAAGUCUGAAAGAAGUGAGUGAGAACAACUCAUCAUGCAUCUCUCCAGCCUCCAAGAGAAAAUCUUCUUCCAGCCCUAAUUUGACCCCAGACACAUCUGCAGUAGUUUCUGAUGCUUGUUCUCGAAGAGAAGGACAGAAGAACAGCACAGAAUGUAAAGAGAAAGGACAAAAAGUUGUGUCGGAAGUGGCAGGAAGACGACAAGAAGGAGUAGUAAGAGAGCAAGUGGGUCUGGUACAUUUAGUGACGGAGGUGUUGGCUGAACAGGCAGAGUCAGCGUUGGACAUUGAGAGAACAUAUAAAAUAUCUCAGAGAGCAAGCAGGUCUGAAAUGCUGUCAGAGAGGAGGGCCGAUGCCAGAUCCUUUUGGAGUGAAUCAGUCAAGUCAGAUUCCUUCAGAUCAGGGAAGAAGACCGCUGUCAGGAUAAAUGUCCUACCAGAGGCAAGAGGUUCUAGGCAUAAACUUCAGGAGAGUAGUUUGGAUCAGAAUCAUGGAAAAACACAAAACCAUGAGAGUGAACCAUUGGCAGAUGAGUUUGAAUCCAGUGCAAAAGCAGAAUCAAGUAAAGGUUCAACAUUUGGGGAGAAGAGUAGCAGUGAGGCUGAGCACAAAGAUGAUUGUGAAAGUGAGACAAAAAGCAGCGAUGAGGAGAGUGACGGAGGUUUUCAGAAGAAGCACACAGUUAGCAGGAGAGUGAUGAUCACUGGUGACCAAGAAGAAGGUACAGAUACAGAAGAGAGUGAGACUGAGAAGCCAGAGAGUGAGGAUGAAGAAGAAGAUGCAGAAGAAAGUAAAGAAAGUGAAACUGCCGCACCAGAGAGUGAAGAGCAGUCACAGAGUGAGACUGAGAAGAUGGGAGAGAUGUUGGAUGGGGUGUCAGCAGAAGAAGAGGAAGAUGAUGAGGAGGAUUCUGGAGAGGAAGAGAAAGAUAAAAGUGGAGGAGAGGAAGAUGAUGAGGAAGACAGUGAUGAAGAGGAGAGUGUUGAUGAUGUGGAACAGGAGGGAAAUGAAGAAGAUGAGAAUGAGAGUGAUGUUGGAGAGGAAGUGGAGGGUGAUGAAGAAGAUGGGAAUGAGAGUGAUGGUGAGGAGGAAGAGGAGGGAGAUGUAGAGGAGAGUGAUGGUGAGGAGGAAGAGGACGGAGAUGAGGAGGAGAGUGUUGGUGAGGAGGAAGAGGAGGGAGAUGAGGAGGAGAGUGUUGGUGAGGAGGAAGAUGAGGAGGAGAGUGUUGGUGAGGAGGAAGAGGAGGGAGAUGAGGAGGAGAGUGUUGGUGAGGAAAAGGAGGAUGCAGAAGAGGAAAUGGACCAUGGCCUUUCACUGAGUGAAGAAGAUAAGGAAUCAGGUGAAGAAGAAACAGAAGAAGAAACAGAGGAGAGCGGUGGUGAAGACGAGGGAGAUGAGAAUGAGAAAAAGGACGAUGAAGCGGAAGAAGGAGAAGGUGUGGAAGAAGAGGAUAGUGAAAAUGAAAAUAAAAGUGAGCAUGAGGAAGCAGAGGAUGAAGAAAAUGAGGAGAAAGAAGGAAAAGUAAAAGAGGAAAUGGAGGAAGAAUCAACGGGAAAGAGAAAAAAGGGUGAAGAGCGACAGAAAUCCAGACCAGCAGUGGCCGCCCAUAAGAGCAAGUCGGGUAGGUUGCACGCCAGAGGCGGGCCGAGUGCAGCAGAGAGCCGCUCACAGGAGUCCCAGCGGUUCUGGAACAAUGUUCUGCCUCAGUACCUGAACCUGAAGUGAAGAGGCGCGGUUCCAGACC